AUGGCUCCCUCCGCGUGGGACGACGAAGAAUCCGAUAGCACUCCGCCUACCUCUCCCUCCGCACCGGCAGUGAUCUUGCGCCGCGGCAAGUUCGACGAUGAAGAAGAUAAUGGCGAUGUCCUUGACUCAUGGGACGCCGCCGAGGACAGCGAGGUCGAGCGCGAGAAGGAGAAGAAGGCGGCAGAAGCCAAAGCAAAGGCCGACGCCCUUGCUAAAGCCAACCACAAGUCUAAGUCRCAGCGACUCGAGGAAAAGCGGGAGGAGCGGCUGAGGCAGAAGGCCUUGGACCUGGAUGCUGACAGCGACGAUUCUGAGGAUGAAAGCGAUCGACGCGCACGCGCAUUAGCUGCUGAGAAGGAGGCCGACCUCAAGAAUGCAGAGGAUCUCUUCGGGGGGGUUGGUGGUGUCCCAGCGAGCCGUGGCGCUCCAAAGGCCAUCACCGUGCAGGAGGGCGCGGACCCGAGCGACACCAUCGACCUCUCCAGCAUGAAGCUUUUCAACCCGAACACCGCACUGGCAUUUAACAAACUCCGUGAAACUCUGGUACCCCUGCUCAAUAACAACGCCAAGAAGCCUCAAUACGCGCUGUUCAUGGGCGAAUUCGCGAAGCAGAUCAUGAAGGAGAUGAGCAGCGAGCAGAUCAAGAAGGUCGCAAGCGGACUGACGGCUCUGAGCAAUGAGAAGCUGAAGGAGGAAAAGGCCGCCGAGAAGGGCGGCAAGAAGACCAAGGCCGCGAAGAACAAGACCAGCCUCAACGCCAACCGUAACGUGGGCUCGAUGGCUGACACCGCUGCAUACGAUGAUGGCCUCGAUGAGGACGAUUUCAUGUGA